CUUCCCAGAACUGCUUGGCCCAGUAUCAAUUCGUACGUUCCCCAUAAUGUCUGUCAUACUAGUGGAUACGUCGUGGUCGCCUUGUAUGGAAGCAAAUCAGCAGAAACAGAAGUAUAAAGCUCAGUUAUUGCAAUAGUGUUGUAGCAACCAAAACAAAAAAAAAAUCGAAACAGGAAACAAAUGUGUACAAAAUUACACCAGCACUAGUAAUGAAAUGUUUGGAUAAACUUGUAUUGUUUUUCUACAAAAAUUUGCACAAUUUUGCGCGACUACUCUGAAGAUGUAUACAAAGUUAAUUUAAAAUCGAAUUGAAAUAAAUUUAGAACGAAAAAAAAGUUAGCAAUGCUUGAAAUAAUAAAAAAGGGGUAGAAAUGUAAGUGGAUAAGUGAUUAUACAACAGGCAUUAAGUUUAGCCAAUAGUCAAGUAUGGGUGCUUUCGGUGUACAAUAAAAAAUCUGUGUAUAUGGAACUAUUCAAAAAGUAAGCAAAACAACUAAAAAUAAAUAAUUGUGUAAAGCAAAAGAAAAACAAAAAACAAAAUAAACAGUGUUUAUAAAGAACGAUGUAAAAAUAAAAAAAACUAUUUGCCUAACGCAAAAGAGCUUUAAAAAAGGAAAAAUUACAACCCAAGAAAAAUAUACGUAAACUUAUUGUUGUAAUUUGUAGUGAUGCGCUAUUGUGAUAAUAAUUUUCCCCUUCCCUGAAAAACCAAAUCAGAAAGUUACAUCUAAGAUCUAAGAAUAAUAGAAUAAAAAUUUAAAUUUUACAUAAUAUGUACUUACUAAAAUCUAUUAGUGACUUUUUUUUAUAAAUUAGUCGCAAUCCGCGAAAACCUUCGAGAUUUCCUGAAAAGAGAAAUAGUUUUCGACUUGUGUUCAUUUAUGAAAUCUGCUAAUAUUUCGGAUAUUUUUUAAAGUUGUGAUUUUGGAGUUACUCCAGCGAAUAAAAUAAUAAAUAAUUGUAAUGAAAAAUAUGUAAUAAAUAACAAAUCACCAAAUCACCUAUCACAGCACAAAAAUCCCUAAAAAUGUUCAUUGAAAUCUUUUGUGUACAAAAUCGAAUUCUUCUGUACGCUGCACUGCCAACUCGCUUAUAAUGAUUAAUUUAAAUUCAAAAUGAAUUCCAUCAAUCCAUAUUUCUGAACGGAGGCAAAAAACGAAAGAUGAGCAUAGAACAGGAAAAGAAAAGUAACUAUCACGCAAAAUGGGUGUAAUGGUGUUGUGUAGUGAAAAACGUAAAAACUCCUUUCUAUUGCCACAAAUAAAGUUUUGCAAAUAGUUGUGAAAUUGCAGUAAUUUAACACAUGAGAAUUUAAUUAAAUGAACUGUGAUUAUGAGUUCCACAAAAUCGCAAGUAGCAGUCGCUACAAAUAUUCCAAGUCUAUCAUCAUCACAAACUCAAAAAGAGUACAGUACUGAAGAGUCUCUAGGUCGGCAAAAUAGUUUCGGCAAUAAUCGCAGAGGCAACAUGAAGGGAAAGCAUUUGACUCGUAGUCACGCCAUGCGUGAGGCCACAUCGCCUCCGCGUACUCCUACACCACGUGCCGAACACGGCCAGGUGUCUCCGAACGGUCAAGCGACCAACAAUUAUCAUCAACAGCAUCACCAUCAGUCUCAACAGCAACACAUGGAUGGCAAUGAGAAUAUACACAAUAGCAAUAGCAAUAACAAUAAUAACAACAACAAAUUGAAUGCACAAUCAAACGUAGCCCGAGGCAAUUCACCGAUAAUAGAUGCGCCUGCCGUGAUUGUAACUAGUCAACACAACCAACAGCAACAACCAAAUGUUGCACUAUGCAAUGAAGCCGAAUUCCCCAAACUUACACCGCCGAAAUCGACAAAGGGAAGCAGUGGUGGUGGCAACAAUGGCAGCAGCAGCGGUAGCAGUGGUCAACGCAAUAAUAGUAACGGUGUUACCGAUGGCAACAACAAAAUGGAAUACAAUAAUAGCAAUGGCAGAAAAAUGCCAAACAGUGCAAAUGGCGGAAACGGUAGUGUCUCUUAUGACUCGACAAAAAGUAAUGUCAGUAAACAUCAGCAAUACAAUGCAAGCAAUGCAUUGCACCAAGCCCUUAGUGUAGGCGAGGCGGCGGUGCGUGGUGGUAUUGGCGGCGGUGCGGGCACAUCGCUGCACAAUUCCGGCAUGAACUAUCAGUUGAAUUCAAAUGAUAGCCAGCAGCAAUCACACCAUCAGAUCGUAUACGAGAAGGAGAAUCGCUGCCCACGCAACGACAGCCAGAACAGCAACAUGUCCAACAUGCAUGAUGAGGAGCCACAACAACAGCAACAACAUUACGAUCGUCAAGGUGGUGGCGGAGGUGGCAAUAAGAAGCAUCGCACCAACUCCAACUCGAAAGGCAAUAAGCCGCGUUUGAAGAAUAUUGGCGGCUCCUCUUCGGGCAGUGCAGAUGGUGGCAAUUCGAAUAGCAACAAUACGUCGGGAUUCAUAUCAAGAGUCUUCAACAACUCAGAGAACUCGAGCGAACAAUUCACUGACCAUGGCGGCACCGAUCUGUUCAGCUUCUUCAAGGAGACCCUUAAUAAGCAUCCAAAAGACAGACAUUUUCUGUUGAAGGUGGAAAAAGAUCUCACGGAAUUCGUGCAAGAAAAAAGCCGCGGUGAAUUGCGCUUCCCACCGGCUUCAUCGUACAACCGCAUGUUGAUACAUCGCACGGCGGCCUUCUUUGGCAUGGAGCAUAAUGUCGAUACCGAAACACAGCAAUGCGUAAUUGUGGCAGCUACCAAAAACACACGCAUACCCGAGAUUCGUUUCAAAUCGUUGGUGCGGGAUCAUCGCGACGAUACACGCAAAUCGAUACUAAAACGCGAUACGCACAGCUUCGACGAGGCACAUCAAAGUAGUUACUUGUGUCCGGAUCGUGGCAGCAUGCUGGACCGUAAGGCAAAGAGUUUUGAAGAGCGCGAAGAGGAUUACGAACGCGCACGCAGUCGCAUUUUCAAUCGUAGCCAAAACGACAGCGGUGAAGGCAUAGACGAUGGUUAUGGAAAUGUCAGUUGGACUCAAUCAGUAGAGCAGCAACAGCAGCAUCAACAAAAUCGUCCACGUCCCAAUAGCAAAAUUAUAAAAUUGCAGAAUUCAAAUGACCCUCGCGAUGGCCGGUCUGGUGGUGGUGCAGUACCAAAAGCUCCUAGCUUUAAUAAUUAUAGCAGUGGGCCAUCACAAAAUAGUGGUCCGCCUAUGAUGCGCGGUGACUCGGUAAACUCGAACAAAAAUUGCGGAUCUGGCGGCAGUGGAGGUGGUGGAGGAUCGCGAUCGUAUCCGAAGCAAGAUUCAACUGGCAGCACAAAUACACCCUGGCGUUUGUCACCAUCCAGCAGCGGUUAUAAAACUCAAACCCAAUCGGUGCAUUCCGAUUCGGUAACACCUUCACCGAAUGGCUAUUGUAGUGAGGAUCAAACGUCGGAGCCGUUAAUAUUGACGGCGGAAAGAAUGGCAGUUUGUCACCUGCAAUCGCCAACUCAUCUUCAUCUGCAGCCUACGAUAUUGUGCGGUGCCAACGUCAUUCCAGCGCAUUGCGCCGAUACGACGCCAACACCAAUGGAGGACAGCACGACGAUGUCCAGUCGUGGACUGGUGUGGGCUGUAACGGACAUUAGGAGUGUGCCAAAGGGCAGCGUGCUAAUCAAUCCGCAAACAUUGCAACCAUUUGUUAACCAAGACGGUUCAAUUUAUCACUUUGACCCGUCCAAUCUGCCACCCAACCAGGUUACAUACCAUCCAAAUCAAGGAAGCAAUACCGCUAAUUACGCACAACAGCAAUCGCCUCCACAGCAGCUGCAACAACAAACAACACCACAUCAACAUAAGCAAGACAUCAAUACAAAGAAGAAUAAAACUACACAACCGAUGUCGUCACCAUCGCCAAUUACAUCACCGGCUGAAACUCCAACGCCACAACAACAAAUUCAUUGCAAGAAUGUGUCAUGCCAUGAAAAUGUCGUCACAAUUCCGCUAGCCGAAUCUGUAUCUGAAUCCUCCACCCAGACGGUGGCUAUGUGCAACGAUGUUAAUUGUGAGGGAAUAGAUAUGGAAAUGGCAAUCAAUACCAUGGAAGAAACAUCUACCCAAUUGGGUGUUGACGAGUGCGAUGACACAUCUGCCACCGGUUGUUUGAGCAUCACCACUACAACUUCCACCAAAAGUUAUGAUCGCAUCGAGGUGCAAAAAUUCAAGAAUCAAGCCACCAGCCCGAAUAUUCCAGCUGAAAAGGAGGAGGUGCCAAAGCGUGAGACCUCAGCACCUUUAGAUGCUACAAAUGUGCCACCCCCAGCAACACAGCCACCACCACCACCAAGUCAAACGCCCCCAAAUGGCGUAAACGUGCCAUUGCAACGUGAUACCCCACAUUCUGCGCGUUCCACACCUUUCAGCAACAGCGAGUCAACGCAACCGAAGAAUCGCGCUUCCGAAGAGUCAAAACCCACUACGUGGACAUAUACACAAAGCUACCAGGCACCGGAUGGCUCCACGGUGUUUCACACCACCUCUACGCCUAGUGGCACACCGUAUUGCGCAACAUAUCAGCAGGGGCCUGAUGGUAGUGUUUAUGCCAUUCCACAAGGCAUGGUCUAUGCCUAUCCGCCGCCAGUUGUAAGCCACGCUCCGCAGAAACAGUUGAAAUGUCAAUUCAAUUCGUUGUCUGUUUUGCAGGAGAGUGAAGUGCAGAGUUACUUCAUGCCGGUGUUUGAUCCAAAUCAACCGCGCACCGAUGCAACCGGUCUCAUACCAGCGGGAGCACAGGCCCUAUAUCCUGCCGCUACAGCAGCAGGAAGUACAGCUACAAUGGUACCAGUCGCAGCCGCAUACCCGACCGCACAAUUCGCCGCCGCCAAUGGUACACCCAUCUACGCCCCGAGUCAAUUGAUAUAUUCGGCUGACCAAUUUACAGCGGGUGCGGCGACUGUCGCCGCAGCAGCACCGGCGAAUGGACAACUGCAACAGAUACCGAUGACCACUUACCCAAUCGGGUAUCCGUAUGCCUAUAAUGGUUAUUGGAGCCAGCCGAUGACAUACUAUGUGCCACAGCAAGCGCUCACGAAUGCCGUUGCAGCAACUCCGCUUUUACCAGCACCGACACAGCCACAACCACCUACAGCAGCAACCGCCCAACCUGUGGCCGGACCACACAUUACUAGCGGUAUCAAUAUCGCGAAUGGCAUUGUUACAGCUACGCCGGCGGCUGGACCGUCGUCGAACACCAACGUAGGGCCUUUGGUCAGUGGUGGUACCAAUGUUGGUGGCAUUCAUGCUAGUGGAAACCAUGCUGGCAAUGCAUUUGCGUCCACAAACAGCUAUCAAACGCAUAGCGGCACAACGUACUUUGGAACGGGGCGUGUCAAACGGCCGACUUCCUCGCAUUAUGCCAGCCAUCAGAAUAGCGGCCAUCAACUGGUUACGGCAGCCAUCCAAAGUAACGGCAGUGCAACUACCACAUAUCAAUUGGGACCCGCAGUACCCACACUCACAUUGGCAACUACACCGGGCAGUGCAGCAGCAGUAAACACAUCCACAGAUCUCAGUGUUGGCAGCGGUGCCGCUCCAGCCACCGCCAUGUAUACGCUCCCCCAACAUGCGGCGCUCCUUCAUGCUAAUAUUUUUCCAUAUGCACCUGCCACUGCUGCCACCGCCGCAGGAACAGCAGCAGGCAUGGCGCCCACUGUGCACACAUCUGGCGCUCCACCACCGGCAGCACCACAAAUAGCUGCUACCGGCCUGGCUGGCGGUGCGGCUCAUGCACAACAAACAAAUGCUGUGAUCACCCCAUUAUAUGCUCAUCACCCGCCUAUGACAGCUGCCACAUAUCCCACACAUGGCAGCACCGUGCAUACGCCUGGGCCAGCUGCCAUACCUAUUGUGGACCCCAGCACACUCACGGCCAUCUCGCAUGCAACACCAACCGGUGCAAAUAGUUCGAAUAAUGUAACGCCCGGAUACAGUGGUGGUGGUAGCGCUUCACAAUCGGCGCCCAGUACGCCACACUCUGUACCUACUCAAGCAGUAUUGCGUAAUCCACCACUCUUCUCCACACCGCCCGUCAUCAACUCGAAUGGUGGUAGCAAUAGUGGGGGCUACAGUGGCAGCUCUACCCCGCAAUAUUACACUGUAAGCGGCGGAUCUGACGGUGGCACAACGCUUAUGAACAGCCCACGUAGCAGCUCUUAUGUCCAACACGAUAAGCGCAACAAUACAAAUGCUGGUGGCUGUAAGAAACCGCCAGCGUAUCCGAGCAACUCGCUGAAUCGUCAGAACUCUACGUCCUAUAACGGAACUUCGAAUGGAAAACCGCCUCUACUGGGUGGCAACAACGAUACGCGCGCCUCUCCCAACAAUGGGAGCAAUAACAGUAGUAGCGGCUACCAGGGGUCACGCCCACAUGGUAUGAAUAAGCGUGGUGGUGGCGACAAACCCCAGACGCCACUUCUUAGUGGCCCACCCAGCUACGGUAGCGGUCCAACCGUGUCUGCUGUAAACAGCAAUAAUAAUAGCGUCUACCAUGUACAGCACAGCAACUCGUCACCAGAUGCCAAGCCGCCAAUUCGUUUGAAUGCAGGAGCGGCUUCCUUCCGGGUCAAAGGCAGCUUCGGUAUCGCUUAUGAAUUUCGGCGUAGCGCAUCACAACGCAAUUCUCCAGGCACUGGCAACUCCAGCAGCAACGACAAUAGCAGUAAUACAUCACCGAACAGUAUAGUCGGAUCGAGUGGCGGAGGUGGUGCCAACACGCCGAAUUGCUAUGCCACCACACUCACGGGUGGCUAUGUCAACACUGGCAUCGGCAUACCUGGCAGCAGUAUGGUCGGUGCAGGUGAUCAUCAAGCGGUUGCGACAGCAUCUGGCACAUCAUUAUACAUUACACCGGCACGAGGUGCACACAUUCCACCACAACUGCAACAUGGUGGUAUGGUGGCGGCCGCCGCUGCUGCUGGCGGCACGGCAGCCGGUCUUGCAGGCACACAACAGGCUACCACAGCCGCGGUACUAGGGGGCGCAGCAGCAGCGGAAGUAGCAAAUGCGGCAGCUGCCGCUGUAGCAGCAACAGUUGCGCACCAUCAACCGCUGUUGAGCGCUUACCAGCCGAGUGCAUCGGGAGUAUACAUCAAAUACGGUCAAACGUAUUUUGCACACCCCUCAGUCGCUCUACCGAACAGUCGGCGUUCACCCUCAACGGAGCUGCGGCCGGCAAUGGCGCCCGUCGCUGGCAUGUAUCCGACAGUCAAUAUGAUGAUACCAGCUGCGCCGCGACAUACCCAAGGGCGUCAUCCGAAUCCCAACUAUAAGGGCACACGGCCUCGUUAAACGCAGCCGCAGCAACAGCAAAAAGGAAAUUCAGUGCAAACAUUGUCACCAACACUGAAUGCAUCUGAAAAGGAGGAAUAUGCAAACGAUGACGCUAUACCAAAACCUAAAACUAAGUUUAAGCUAAAAAUAACCUAACCUAAUGAUACAUAUGCGUAGAUAAACAAUAAUUAAAACAAAAACCAGCAUGUUAGAAAAAACAAAGACGUAUUGCAUCCAAUGGAAAGAAUUAGGAAAGCAGGAACAAAAUAAACAUAAAUAAUCAUAUAACGACAAUUCGUAGCAAAUACCUUAUAUUGCAUAUGUAUAAAGAUAGAUAAGAAUUUGCAAACAAAACAUAAACGAAAUUUUGAAAAAUAUUUUCCGGACCAUUUUACAAAAUCAAUCAAGUUUAUUAAACAUUUUGGCAUACACGAAAUCCUGUUACACAAAUCAAUUCGAAAACAUAGACAAAACACAAAGCAUACUUCAAUAGCCUACUGAAAAACAUGGAAUCAUACAAACUAAUAAUCUUCCACAACUAAAUAUAAAAGUAAAUAAUUCGAAAUGGAGCUCAUAUAUUAAUUAUGUCGUGCCAUUGCUGAAAAGUGUAAACAAGUAGGCAUAUAUAUAUACGCAAAAACGAAUUGCAAGGUAAACACAAACCGUAGAAAAAUGAAAAUGACACAAAUAAAAAGAGACUGACUUGAGUUGCAUAUUGGCAGUAACAAGCGAAAAAAGGAGAUGCUUAACUUUGAUGGAAAUGAGUGAAGCGAAAUAGCGCUAUUACAUAUAUAGGGUGGUCCAUGUAGAGGUUUUUUAAGAAUUAAAAAAAAUUAUUUCGGUAUUCUUUGGGCUUAUUCGAUUCAUGGAAUACUGGAGUACUAUUUUGUUAAUGCGGUUGCUUCGGCUGGCUCCUUUGCGCAUUCUGCUAGCCCAGUUUUCCAAAACCUCGGUAAAGGUUUGUGGGUCUACCUUAGGCUUAAGAGCCUGAAUAGUUACUGGAUUGCUCGCAUAACAUCGGUCCUUCACGGCACUACACAAAAAAGUAUAGUAGGGUCAAAUCGCAGCCAAUUGACGCGGCCGAGACGGUUGACAAUACGAUUACCGAACUUGGUGGCAUGGAAAACCAUGAAACUGAUAAUCCCACCCUGUACGUAUGUUACUGGGAGUGAGAAUUUCGGAAGUGAAUCAAGAGGAUUUGGUGAAAUUUUAUAUAUGCGCUUAUAAAAACAUGGUUUUUAAAAAAUUAGACAUUGCUGUAAAUUCUAUAACUUUCAUCACCGUUUAUGCAUAUAAGUAUAAAGGCUAGCUACUAGAAAGCAGCAAAGAUGCAGACAUAAAAUGUCACGUAGUGUGCGAUAAAAAAUGCCUCUUUCCAUGUAUGAUGUCACUUCGUUAACAAACUAAUGGCGUUUGAAAAUUGGAGAAAACUGAACAAGGAAUGUACGCAAUGUGAAUCUUUUUUAUACAUAAACCUUGACAAAACCGUCUGAUGCGCUGACGGCAUCGGCUCGUUCAGAUGCAGAUACUUAAUGUUGGCAGAAAACUAACAUUGACUUGGAUCAAGUGGCAGUGUCACUGGUGCUGAUAAAAGAAUGAAUGAAAGUACUGGCAAUGUUAGCAUUUAAAUUUUCUUCUUUCUCAUGGGCGAUGCUUAUGUUUCGGGUUUUUUCUUAUUUUGAACCAAUAGGUCAGAGGUUGUAUGGAUGCUUAUUUACAAAAAAAAAAAAAAAAUAUUAUACAUAACAGUUCCACGUUUUAUAGAUGUGCAUAUGUAAAUAUAUAUAUAUACGUAUACUUAUACAUAUUUUCUUUAAAUAUUUUUGUUUCAAAAUUCAUUUGUGAUGUAAAAAAUUAUUUCAAAAUUUAUUAUUUUCUAAUCUGAAUUAAUGAUUGGAUGCACUUGUUUGUAUUAAAUACAAAAUUUUCUUGUAUAAGUGUUAAUAGUAUUGUUGUUUUUCGUUUCAGUGUUGUUUAACUAACUCAUGUUUAUAAAAACAAAUAUUUUAAAAGCUUUUUUUGUUGUGACUUUUACUUGUUUUUUUUUUUUUUUUUUUGUUUUUUUUUUUUUGUAACUUGUUCUUGUUUGUUUUCUGUUGUUACUUGUUAUUGUUUUUUUUUUUUGUUUGUGUCUUUGAGUUUUGCGGUAUUUUUAUUUUCUCUUUUGAAUUCUCAUAAAUAGUUUAUUUUUAGCAUUGAAUUUGUACACACAGGUUUUGUCAGGUCAAGAGCUGUUACUUCAACACCGUUCCCCAAAACUCUGUGUAUGUGGUAUAUUUUAUGCUUCUAUUUGAAAUAAAAAUAAUUUUUCACCCAAUCCGCUGUUCAAUUGAAAAAAAAUCUGAUUCGCCGCAACGAAUUUGUUGAAAAGUUUGAGUAAAAACUAAUUUACGUUGCUAUACUCGAAUUACGUGAAGCGUGAACCACUUUCAGUGGCACCAAAGCGAUUAUUACACUACUGUAAUUAAAAUUGUAUUGUAGUUCUACGCUUAAAUUUGAGGCACGCAAGCGCUAUAAGAAAUAUCGCCAAAAACUCAUGUUUCCAAGCUAUUGAACUAGAAAGAAGUGGUCAGAAGUAUGUAUCCAGCAAAAUCAAUGCCUAAUCAACUGUAUGAGUCAGUCAAACAGUCAGUGUCUUUUUAAACAAUAUAUACAUAUACAUAUAUAUAUAUAUAUAUAAAUAUUAAAAAUACAAUUACACGCUAAAGUAAUAAUAAUUUUAUAGUAUGUAAACAAUUUUACUAUAUAUAAUAAUAAAAAUAAUAAUAAUAAUCCUAAAGGUAGACUUACAAGCUGAGAAAGUAAACACCUAGUGAAUAAAGAAAGACGUAAACCGUAUACUAAAUUAAAUUAAAAACGAAGAAUUAAGUAAAACAUA